AUGUCAUCCGUAUGGCACGGUUGCAUCUAUGAAGAGAAGCUGUCCCAUCAAAUUGCUCCGUCUAUUGCUGAUCUCUUCUACGAGCCAUCUGACUACGAUGAACUCUGCUUUUACUGCGUUGAAGGUGCAUGCUGUCCCCAUCAUGAAAUCCCACAACCACGGGUACGAAUUCAGCACAAAAAAGGAACCAAUCCGACGAAAUCAGUUGAUUAUGUGUUAGACGAAAUUUUCGGCUUGCAAAGUGAUUGCUGUACAAAGUAUGCAAAUUAUCAAAUAAAAAUCAUCGAAAAUUGCCAAGAAAAUGUUGCAGUAAAAGUUCAACAAAAUUUUACUGAGAAGCGAUCAGUCUGUAUCGAUCAAAAUAUCACUCGGCGCAAACAAACAGAUACAAAAUUAAUAACGCCAGAACGUCACAAGGAUCGAUAUCCGACGGACGUGCUAAAGAAUAGUGCUGACGUUGCGUCGGAAAUAAUGUGCAAAGAUGUGGAGGAAGUGUUUAUUAUCUCAAGACGACACAGGACAUUAUCUCCGGCAAGAAGUGACCGACAAAAAUAUCAACGCUUUCGAAAUAAACAGUAUCUCUGUGACAUAUGUGACAGUGCUUUCACUCUGAAACACAACAUACAAACUCAUUUGUUACUCUAUCAUCCAAAUAAUGAGGUUUACACGAAACGUAUACGUGGCAAGCGGUACAGAUGUUUGAAGUGUAACUCGUUAUUUCGAACUUAUGCUGCCGUUCAAAAGCAUCAAAGACGACAACAUGAAGUGCGCAUACGACCAAAAUGUGAAAUUUGCCAGAGAGAAUUUCCAACUGCUUCGCUGCUUCGUGAGCAUGUGGCUGUCAUACAUUUAAAUUUGCGCCCAUUCAAAUGCACCAAAUGUUCGGCAGUGUUUGGUCGACAGGGAUGUUUGCGCCGACACGAUAUGAUGUGUCAUUUGAAUUACGUUUACGUAUGUCCCUAUAAACAAUGCACACACGCGGGUUUCAAGUGUUCCAAAGCUUUGGCAGCGCAUAUUCGCUCUAUUCACACUCACGUACGACCAUACAAAUGUGAACAAUGCGAGAAACGCUUCGUACGUCGGAAUGACUUACGAAUUCAUUCGGAUAUUCAUAAUACAGAGUGCAAGUAUGUCUGUCCAACUUGCAAACAAAUGUUUCAACGUCGAAUACACUUUCAAAAGCACGCCAAAAAAUGUCAGUCAAGAGAAGUGGCAUCAUAA